AUCUAUAGCAAUGUACAUAUUUCGAGCAUGUUUACUAGUAACUAAGCAGUAGACACCAUUUUUUACUUUUUUUUCCCUUGCCCGUCUUGAUAAGUUCGCUGUAGCUGUUUUUAAACCGAACAAUGGAAGGCGAUGUAGAACACGAUGAAGUUGGGGAAAGGUCCAUCGUUGUGCCGAAUCUGACAGACGAUAUGACGGAACUGGGUUUACGAGAACAUUUUCAAAACCCUGAGAUAGGUGGCGGAGAGGUUGAAGCAGUUCAUUUCUCUGAAGACCAUUCAGCUGCCAAGGUUACAUUUGUGGAUUUAGAAGUUGCGCAAAGAAUUUGUAAAACUGAAGCUCAUUACGUUCAACCAUACCUAAAUGAAGAAGUGGAUGAUCCCCCACCACCUCCUCCACCCGAAGAACAAUACGAAGAUUAUUCCCCGCCGCCGCCCCCUCCUCCUCAUGAAGAAGAACAAAUAGAAGGACAUUCUCAGUAUGGCCAAGAUGAGACACAACAACCCAUGUCACCAACCAGAACACCUGAGAAUUUCAAGGAGGAAAAACCUUUGACGCCUACCUAUACAGAUCAGUCACAGAUGCUUAUAGAUCAAGCUAUUCGGCAGUCAAAGCUUUCACUUCAACAAAAUAGAACAUCCCCUCAACAGUCACCGUCAAGACAAGGGUACGAUUCACAACCAUCCUUGUCAAGACAGGGGGACAACACGCUACCAUCAACACCAAGGACAUCCCAUCCUAGAACGCCACAGCAAGAGUCUAUUCACCGAUCAAGAGAAAUUGAACGGACACCAGCUCAUACACCAGCACCUAGCAGAAUUGUAACACCACCCAAAAGUACAACAUCAUCAGUACUGUUACCAAGGACACCAUUGUUACAAGAACAACCCAUUCCAUACAAUGUUCAACCAGAUGUGAUAUCUAUGAACAAUCAACCAAGUAAAUCAGUUCAGUCACUUCAAGCACAGAGAGCAUCAUAUGCCAGUUUACCUAAAUCAGCUGCAUCUAGGCCACCCACUGUGACAACACAGCCACAACCUCAAGAAAAUGCAUCAAAAGCCACGCUACAUGCAUCAAACCCCGUGCCAUCUCCAAUACAUCCCCAAACUCCACACUCUCAAAAAAAUACAUCACAUACUACUUUGCUUGAAUCGAAACCAAUACCAUCACCUACACGAUCUCAAUCACCACAUUCUCAAAAAACUACUACACCAGAUACCAAGCAAGAACAUGCAUCUCAAAAAAGUACUCCCAGAAGUGUAUCCAAACAAUCGAUACAUUCUGUUAAAGACGAGACCACGUCAGCCAAGUCUGGCAGAUCGAGCCGCCAUUCCAGCAUAUUCCUCGAUAGUCGACCAACUACCACAGCAUCACAGCAAGUUUUUGUGGAUGUGGAAGGUACCCUCAGUCCAAGGUUGAGCAGCGUUUUGGACAACAAAGAAGACGAAAUUCUCUAUAAAUCAGGCAUUAAGGUUCAGAAGUCGAAUGAUGGUGUCUUAAGAGUCAGUGGAACAAUGAGUCAACUUCGUCGUGCUGAGGAACUAGUUAAACGAUCUCUGGUUGGGAAAAGAACCUCUGAUGGUGACACUCUGGAUGAUGACACCAUUUCCGGCUCAACCAUAUCUUCUGGGCCAACAAUACCACCGACACCCCCAACUCCUGGAUAUGGUAAUCUACUGUUACAGAGCUAUGCUCUUCAUAAUGUCAUAUACCAGCAGUCUUCACACGGCAACACAUUGAAAAUGGAUGAAACUUUGCGAGACUACAUCGAUCGUUGUAUGAAAGACAGUGUGGAAGAGAUAGAAGCUAAAUACGACGUGCAGGUGGUAUUCAAAGGCAACACGCACGUCAGUUUCCUUGAUGAACAAAACACUUGGGAUACACAAAACGUGAUGAGAGCUAUUGCGUCGUUUAAGAAACUAUACAGAGAUAUCAAAGCAAAACACAGUAUUGAUGUUCUUAAGCUACCAGAGGAUAUGACAGACAGAGGAUUUGUUUUUUCAAAGCAGGACUGUGAGAAAAAAUAUCCAAGUGUCAUGGUGAACAAGGGUAAACCAGGCUAUGCCACGUUUCAUGGAAUUAGCAAAAACGAAACUCGCGAUGCGAGACAAUUCUUUGCAGCCAGAUGGGGAACACAUAUCAAAGCCUUCGAUGAGCAUAACAAACCAGUCCCGAGGAAAGCACCAGUUGCCAAAGUAGCAACAGAACACACAUCACCCCCUCCACCUGAGCUGGAAGACCCAAUACAUGAGUUACGAGAGGAAACACUAAGAGGGAAGAUAAUGCAUUCUGGUGAUGAUAAUUUCAGGCGAUCCUAUAUUCUUGGCAGCCGGGAAAUCCAAAUUCGAAUAUACGACGGGAAUAUCCUAGAUGAGACAGUGGACGCUAUAGUUUGUCCUGUAAAUGAACAAAUGAAACCAAGUUGUGAUAUAGCUGUGGCUAUCGUCAAAGAAGCUGGACCCGAUGUACGAAAGGAAAUUGACGCAUAUUCUAAGAGACAUGGUCAAUUGAGGACAUCACAUGUUACUGCCACGUCAGCAGGAAAAUUACCCACGACUCUGAUCUUGCACGCAGUUUGCCCACGUUGGUCUGAGGCUAACCCUGAAUGGAGUAGUAAUUUCCUGUCUGAUACCUAUAGAAAUAUACUGGAAACUACACACAAAUACGCUGCUAUUUCCAUAGCAAUUCCUCCACUUGGUACAGGACUGUUAGGAUUCCCACGCCAACUUGGUGGAGAAAUCGCAUGUACUGCAGUCGUUAGCUUUUUGAAGCGUAACCCUAAAACAUCAGUUAGAGACAUUCGUCUUGUGUCAGAUGAUGCCGAACUUGCAAAUAAGUUCACGAAUAUUUUCAACAAACAAUUUGCUCUUGGCGUACAUUCUUACAAAGGUGUCCACCCAGUCAUGCGAGCGGAAAUAGACAAGCAAAUAGAGCAACUGUCAAGGAGGUCUACAGAUGGAGACCGGAAGAGGAUUCGACUGCAAUCUAAGAACAUUGACAUUGAUUCACAGGAGAGAAAGGACAUGCUGGACAACUACCGAGCAGGUGGAAGUAAACUACCAUCUUCUGAUAAAAGUACAAAAGGAGAUAAAUCUGCAAAUGCUGCUGCUGAUGAUGGUGAGAAAGAAAAAGACAAAGGUGAAAACAAAGGCUCAAAGGCUCCAGGGGAAGCGGAUGGUGGUGAUAAGGAAAGUAAGAGCGACCGAGACAAAAGUGGGCGGCCAAAGGGACACUCGUGGAAGAAAACCGAGGAUGUUGAUAAAUCAAAAGAAAAGGAAAAGGAUGACGGUAAGACAUGUAAAGGAUGCAAAAAACCAUUUCAAGAUCCUAUUGAGUUACCAACGUGCAAACAUAAAUUAUGCCGUGAAUGCAUGGUAAAAGUUCGCGGUGAGCUGAAAUGCCUGAUUUGUGAGAAGGAGUACAAACCUACUCAAGGUAAACAACCCAAGGGGAAAAUGACGUCAUCCAUAGAUAAGACUAUUCACAUUCCAGAAUAUGAUAAAUUUACAACAACUGUUAUCAAAUAUACAUUUAACGAAGGCGUACAGGCGGAAGGUCAUCCCCAUCCCGGAAUGAAAUAUAAAGGCGAGUUAUUCACAGCCUAUCUGCCGAACAAUAAAGAAGGAUCACAAUUAUUAAUAUUACUGAAGAAAGCAUUCGAUAAAGGUUUGUUAUUUGGAAUCGCUCCACGGGAGAUACUGGAUACUAUUGAUUGGAAAGAUAUUGAUCACAAAACAAGUGUUACCGGUGGUCCAGAAAUGUAG